AAAACCUGAGCCAGAUCUCUGUGUCCAAGUCUCAAACCCAGGCUUCAUUAACCCCAAGUGAGACCCAAACCCGGUCCCCUCUGCACCAAAACACCCAAAUCCUGAUGCCCCAGACGCAGACUGAAGUCCAGUCUGCUCUGCUUCAAAUCCAGCAGCAGCCUCAGUCCCACACUGAGGUGACCUCCCUCCCCCAGUCCUCUGUCCCUCAGAUGUCCCUCCCUCAGUCCUCUGUCACUCAGACCUCCCUCCCUCAGUCCCCUGUCCUCCAGACCUCCCUCUCUCAGUCCCCUGUCCUCCAGACCUCCCUCCCUCAGUCCCCUGUCCUCCAGACCUCCCUUCCUCAGUCCCCUGUCCUCCAGACUUCCGUCCCUCAGUCCUCUGUCCUCCAGACCUCCCUCCCUCAGUCCCCUGUCCUCCAGACCUCCCUCCCUCAGUCCUCUGUCCUCCAGACCUCCCUCCCCAAGUCCUCUGUCUCCCACCUCCAAUCCCAAUCUGAGGUGGCCCAGCUCCAGUCCUCCUCCCUCCCCUCGACCCCCCAGGCCUCAGUUCCUCCCUCUGUGCCACCGCCCGUCUCUCAGCCUCACCCCCACAUCCCAGAUGACUCAGCCUCCACCCUCUCAGGUCCCACUUCCCUCCGUCUCUCUUCCUCCUCGCAUCCUUCUCUUCAGCCCCAGACCCCCAACAACCCAUCACAGACCCCGCUCCCUCCCCCUCAGCACCCCCAGCCUCCCCCCGAGUCUCCGUCUCAGUCUCCCUCCCAGCCGUCUCACCCUCCUCACCCCCAGCUGCAGCCUGCGCCCCCUCACCUCCAGUCCAUCCCGGGAGCCGUCCCUCUGCAGCAGCUGUCCCAGCUCUACCAGGACCCGCUGUACCCCGGAUUCCCCCAGGGGGAGAAGGGGGAGGUGGCUCCGACUCCCUCCUUCUCCUCCAGCAAAUCAGGGGACGACCUGCCGCAAGAUAUUAACAUCUUAAAGUUUUUCUUCAACUUGGGCGUCAAGGCGUACUCCAUGCCCAUGUUCCAGCCCUACAUUUACCUCCUCCC